AUGGCCCCGAAGACAGCGACGAAGACGGCGGCCGCCGGGGCGACGGCCGGCGCGAAAAAGGCAACAGGGGCAUCAGCGGGCAAGACUGCCGCGGCGAAGAAGCCCGCGCCCGCGAAGAAGGCGGCAGCAGGCGCAGCGACGAAGACAGGCGCGAAGAAGGGCGCUACGAAGAAGUCGACCAAGUCCGAGGCGUCAAAGUACACCGACGAACAGAAAGAUGCCGCGGUUCGCCUACAGGCGGCGUGGAGGGGCUUCAGCACGCGCAAGAACCUGGCGGACGAAAGGAAGAGGAAGGCCGCGAUGGAGGUGGAGAUCGAGGAGCUGCGGCAAAAGGCGUGGCUAAUAGAGCUCGAGUACAACCGCAAGAAGGAGAAGGAGCGUGCGAAGAAGGCGGCCGAGGAGGCGCGGCGGAAGAGGGAGGCCAAGCGCAUCACGGAGGGGCUCCUGGACGCGGCGUUCGACGGCGAGGUCGAGGAGCUGGAGAAGCUGCUGCGCGAGGGCGAGGAGUACAUUCCUAACAUCGUGGACGCCGCGGACGGGCACGGCAACACGCUGCUGAGCGAGGCGUCCGCGGGCGGGUCGCUCGAGGCGGUGCGGCUGCUGCUGGCGCGCGGCGCGAACCCCAACACGCAGGGGGAGUUCAAGCGGAGUCCCCUGUUCCGGGCGUGCUUCAUGGGGAAGACUGACGUGAUCCUGCCGCUGCUCGAGGCCGGCGCGGACCCGCGCGUGCCGAACGAGUUCGGGGAGCGGCCGGAGCACAUCGGGUCGGACGACAGCAUCAAGGCGUUGGUGGCGAACUGGGACCUGGGCAAAACGGACGCGCUGGUGGCGGCGUUCGAGGAACGGAAGGCGGCCGCCGCGGAGAAGGCGCGGAAAGAGGCGGAGCAGCGUGUAGCGAGCAAGGAGGACGAGGUGGGGGAGCUGCAGCGCGCGCACGACGCGGACCAGAAGGCGCUGGCACACGCGCACACCGAGUACGAGCGGCGCGUGUUUGAGUACGACACCAGCGUCGAGGAGCGCCGCGCGGACGAAAUCCUCAAGGCUGCGCUCGCGUCGGUCAAGGAGGCGGAGGAGCACCUCAAGGCGAUGCGGGACCGGGCGUCGCUGUCGACGGCGAAGCUGCAGGACGCGCGGAUGCGGCUGCGCGAGGAGCGGGCCAAGCUCGAGGAGGAGCACGCGGUGGACGCGGGCGAGGAGCUCGAGGGGCGGACGGUGGAGAUCAAGGAGCUCAACGAGAUCCUCAUCCUGGACGUGGGCGGCAGGCUCGCGGACCCCGCGCACCCGUGGCCCUUCGUGCUGGACCCGAGCAAGCAGGCGAGCGUCUUCCUGCGGUACGCGGACACCAACUACAUCAACAUGCUGUCGCCGUACGACACCGAGGUGGACCGCAUGCGGCGCGCGAUCCUCGGCGGGUUCCGCUACGGGAAGCCGGUGGUGUUCGACGUGAUGGACGUGGAUCUGGGCCUGGAGGGGGUGAAGCGGGCGUUCGAGGCCGUCCAGCCGGGGCUGUUUCAGGAUCUCGUGGCGAGCAAGGAGCUGCUCAAGGACGAGAGGUACCUGUCGCUGAGGCGGGAGGGCGACGGGCCGGAGUACGCGGACGCCCACAACUUCCAGGACGCGCGGGUGGCCAACUUCCGCGUGAUUUUCCUGUCGUCCGCGCGACACCUGCCCACGGGCAUGGACCACAUGUUCGACGUGCUGCGCGUGGCUGUGAAGAAGUGA